AUCCGGAGCGGAAGUGGUGACCGGAGCGGAAGUGGAGCUGCCGCCACCGCCGCCGCGGAUUCCGGAGCCGGGGUAGCUGUCGUGCCGCCGCUGCAGCCGCCGCUGCUGCUUGAGGAGUGGGCCUGGGAAGGAAGCGGUCGCCGCGCUCGGAGCUCCGCUCGCCAUCGUCUUUGCCCCUGCCGACCUCCCACGGGAAUGACCAUGGAUAAAAGUGAGCUGGUACAGAAAGCCAAACUCGCCGAGCAGGCUGAGCGCUAUGAUGACAUGGCUGCAGCUAUGAAGGCAGUCACGGAACAGGGGCAUGAACUCUCCAAUGAAGAGAGAAAUCUGCUCUCUGUCGCCUACAAGAAUGUGGUAGGCGCCCGCCGUUCUUCCUGGCGUGUCAUCUCCAGCAUUGAACAGAAAACAGAGAGGAACGAGAAGAAGCAGCAGAUGGGCAAAGAGUACCGGGAGAAGAUAGAGGCAGAACUGCAGGACAUCUGCAACGAUGUUCUGGAGCUGUUGGACAAAUAUCUUAUUCCCAAUGCUACACAACCAGAAAGUAAGGUGUUCUACUUGAAAAUGAAAGGAGAUUAUUUUAGAUAUCUUUCUGAGGUGGCUUCUGGAGACAAUAAGCAAACCACUGUGUCGAACUCUCAGCAGGCUUACCAGGAAGCAUUUGAAAUUAGUAAGAAAGAAAUGCAGCCUACACACCCCAUUCGACUUGGCCUGGCACUGAAUUUCUCAGUGUUUUACUACGAGAUUCUGAACUCUCCUGAAAAGGCUUGCAGCCUGGCAAAAACGGCAUUUGAUGAAGCAAUUGCUGAAUUGGAUACACUGAAUGAAGAGUCGUACAAAGACAGCACGCUGAUCAUGCAGUUGCUUAGGGACAAUCUCACUCUGUGGACGUCGGAAAACCAGGGAGAUGAAGGAGAUGCUGGGGAGGGAGAGAACUAAUGUGUAUUGUGCUCCGUGAUCUGUUCAGUGUCACUCUGUACCCUCCAAAUAUAUCCCUUUGUGCGAUAAAAAAAAAAAAAGAA